AUGACCAAAGUCGAGGACAAGGUCGAGUCGCACCAUGCGAACAACGAGGCGAUGGACGAGAGCCUAGGCCGUUACUCGGCCUAUGCGAUGCGCCUGCGUACGCUGCUCGUGUCGAGCUCGCGCUACAUUGCGUACUCGUCAGACAUUGGCGAGGCCUUCCGUCCUCUGACGCGUCCGAUCGUUGUGCAGGCCGCCUACGGUAUAAGCUGGGCUUACAUCUUUGCCGAUGUAGGCUACACCUGCUACGCCUCGUGCAAGGGCCGCGAACUGGGCGACCCGGGUGUGAAGACGGACGUCGCGUGGAUCGCGACGCGCCGUGCCGUGUUCCAGACGCUGGCGAGUCUUGUGCUUCCCGCCGUGACGAUCCACAGUGUGGUGAAAUACUCGGCGCCGGUCUUUGCCAAGUCGAGCAGCCUGCGUUUGCGCAGCAUCGGCCCUACGGUCGCGGGUCUCUUGACCGUGCCCCUGCUCCCCAUCCUCUUUGAUAAGCCAGUCGAGCACGGCGUGGAGCACGCCUUUGACCUGGUCGAGCUCAAGUUGGCUGCCGUCCAGGGUAACAAGGACGCGCAGCAGGCGCUCGACGACAAGUUUGCGCGCAUGAAGCAGUUCAUGUUUGGCGCGACCUCACCCACGGCCGACCCGCGUCCGGACCCGCGCCAGGUCGACGAGAUCGGCUCGUCGCCCAAGCCGGAUCUCUCGACGAAGAGCACGACGGCCGCGCAGCUCGCGGUGCUCGGCCUGGGUGUCGAUCUCGUGUACAUGCCGCGCCUGCGCAGCCUCGUCUCGCGCCACGCCAAGCGCAUGGCCGCGGUGCCGUGGCAGGGAGCGUUUGCGACUGCUCCGCGCCUCGCUACGCCGCAGCGCCAGGAGGAGCAGGCGAAGCCCGAGACGCUCCUGGCCGCUGCCGCACAGCACUUUGCGCGCCGCACGCUGUCCAAGUCGGAGGCCGCGCACUGGGCCAGCCUCUCGCCGUGCCUCACGCACGAGGACCGCCUGCGGUUUCUUGCCACGAGAUGGGCCUGUAAAGAAGCCACCUACAAGGCGGUCUAUCCCCAUCUGCGUGUCGCUGCGCGCGACGUGUCGAUGGCACGGGGAAAUACACCCGCGACGAUCAAGCCGUCUGUCCAGCUGCGGGCGGACGCAGAAUACAAAGACGCCACGGGCCAGGUCGCUGCGCUCGCUGCCGAUGCGCUGCGACUGCAUCUGAGCGUCGCGCACGACGGCGAGUACGUCAUGGCCUCGGUCCUGGCCGAAACUUUGUAG